AAGUGAAAUCGCCCUUAGGCUCCUCUUUCGCUUUCGUCCCGCCUGCUCCAGCACCUUCUCCGGGGACACAGACUGUGCCUGCCCCCCGUGGGCGCUUCACCCCGCGCCCGCCUGGCUCCGCUCCUCGGCCCGCUCCCGGGGAUCGGCCAGCGCGCAGGGCAGGGCCCGGGGGAGCCGGCCGAAGCCGGGUGAUCGCGGGGAGAGCCGGGCUCGGAGCUGAAGUUUCCAGGCCUGGCGCUUUGGGGUCCCGCGGAGUGGAGAGCCCCGUGCGCGGCGCACCGGCGGGGAGAGGCGCAGGGCGCCGGGCUGGGAAGGCUGGGAAGGGUCCGGCUGGCGAGGGCAGCGCACAUGGCGGAGACCGGGAGCCACAUGCGGCUCAAGGAAUGGCUCAUCGCCCAGAUCGACAGCGGCAGGUACCCGGGGCUGCGCUGGGAGAACCGCGAGAAAACCAUCUUCCGCAUCCCCUGGAAACACGCCGCCAAGCAGGACUAUCGGCAGCAGCAGGACGCGGCGCUCUUCAAGGCCUGGGCUGUCUACAAAGGGAAAUACCAGGAAGGAACAAAGGCAGACCCCUCCACCUGGAAAACCCGUCUCCGGUGCGCCUUGAACAAAAGCACCGAUUUCCAGGAGGUCCCCGAAAGAAGCCAGCUGGACAUCUCCGAGCCGUACAAAGUGUACCAGAUCCUGUCGGAUGGAGCCAGAGACCCCGAGAAGGAAGGCAGCCUGGAGUCCCCUCCCCCUGAAGAACAGCAGGCGAGCCAGCCCCCAGCCCCCGGGGACCCGGAGAGGGGAGUUACCUGCGGGCCAGACAAGGCUAGCGUGUCCUCGGGUUUGGAAGAGGAUGGGAAGAAGGAUCUGAUGGAGACCUCCCAGACUUCUCCAAUCCCUCUGGUCUCCCACUUACCAAGUCAUCCGGCAGACUGGGGGUAUCAGGUGAAAGGGGUUUUCUGUGGCUGGAGCCCAACACAUGCUCGCUUUCUGCAGAGCCCGCAGCCGGGUGAUCCCAGCUCCAAUCACGUCCCCACUGCAGACAUCAACAACUCAGAUUGCUGGCUGCACGUCCGCCUCUACUACCGCGACGUGCUGGUGAAGGAGUUCACCACCCGCACCGCCGAGGGCUGCCGCAUCACCUACCGCCUGGUGCCGGCUGACAACGAGCGACUCUACGGCCCGUCCUCCAUGGAGCAGAUCCAGUUCCCCUCCCCCCGCCUGCUGACCGGCGACAGCAGGAUGGCGGGCGUGACGGGCGUCUUGGAACGGCUUCUUCCCCACCUGGACCGGGGCGUCCUCUUGUGGGUGGCCCCUGAA